UUAUGCUAUCAUCUUUCUCCAUAGCUGAAUGUGAAAAGAAAAAGACGUGUUUGGAAGCUUUGAAUAUUCGGCACCUUUGGAAGCUUAAUUCGGAUUGGCAAAAGUGGAAUUCAGAUUUGGAUCGGGGGGAAAAUCAAAGUGGUCGAUUAUUCGUCUCGUUUCGAUUACCGUUGUCCGAGAGUUUCAGUGAAUUGCUCGAGUUGGAAGUUGUUGGAGACGUCAUCACACUAUCCGGUUAUCAUUUUGCUAAAAAGGAAAAUGAGGCAUCGGCAUCCAAAGGAAAAAAAAAGAUCGUUGAGGAGUAAACUCGUGUUCCGGGUCAUUAGAGUUUCGGAUCCAGUCUAGCAUCCAAAACAAACUCGACUCCAACAAAAUGAUUUUGGUGAUGUAUUUCUUCCUUUGUUAAGUGGCAUGUACUAGGUAAUUGCAUAAAAAUUAUGUGUAUACAUUAAGUUAAAUGAUUUUGGUUGUAUAUAAAUGAUUAUAAUGUUUUGGAUUAUGAAUAUGAUAUAAAGUUAUGAAA